CUUUGUGCUGUACUGUGUAUGGAAUUCAGAACAGAAAGCACUUAUUACAUCAAAAUGGGUGCAACUAAUUCAACAGCAGAUGACAUUAAUGCUAUGGAGAUACAUCACUGGUACAAAAAAUUUAUGAGCGAAUGUCCAUCUGGGCAGCUCAGUCUGCAUGAGUUUAAAGGAUUACUUGGCCUGCAAGGAAUGAAUCCUGAAGCAAACAUAUACAUUGAAAAAGUAUUCGGUACCUUUGAUAUGAACACGGAUGGGUAUAUUGAUUUUCUUGAAUUUAUUGCUGCAAUAAACUUGGUGUUGCGAGGAAAAAUCGAUCAGAAAUUAAAGUGGUAUUUUAAAUUGUAUGAUGCAGAUGGAAAUGGAUCAAUUGACCGAAAGGAACUGCUAAGUAUCAUAACUGCAGUUCAAGCUAUAAAUGGCCACCAGGGCAUGAACCCCGAAGAAUUCACAUCUAUGUUGUUUGAAAAGAUUGAUGUCAAUGGAGACGGAGAACUGACUUUGGAAGAAUUCAUAAAUGGUAUCCAAAAAGAUGAUGAUCUUCUUCAGCUUAUUUCAAAAAGUUUUGAUUUAUCCAAUGUUCUCAAAAUAAUUCAAAAUGGAAGACGAAGAAGUGUAUGACGAUCCAUUAUUGUUUGUUAACGUGUUAUUUUGGUGAUGUUUAUCUACAAUCAUGUUUAAGAAGUCAAUGUUUUAUACCAAUUAUAUUAACACUUUCAAUAAUUUUGUUAAAAGA